AUGGUUCCUGCCAUUAGCUCCGUUCAGAGCGGUGGCCAAGAGAAAGUGCAGAACCUCGUCUCUGGGCGUCUCCACCACGCCGGCAAGCUGGACCGGAAGCUCGACUGUGUUGAGCCCUUCGCCCUCGUCGCCAUCAUCAACCCCUUCGUCGUUCUUUACAAUCAUUACCUCGAGAACCGAGACUCCCACGACGCCUGGAACGCCUUCUACUUCCGCGUCAUCCACUCCUUCUCCCUCGACGCCUUCGUCUUCCUCGAGCGAGCUGUCAAGCACUUUGAUCUCGACCCCCAUCGACAGCACGACCCCAACGCCGUCGGACUCUACCUCUGUAUCAUCAAGUGCAACCCCCAGCUCGAGCGAUAUCUCCACCAGCGAUGUUUCCACAAGCACCCCUUCCACCAGCUCUUCCUCAAUGGUGAUUACUCCGACACCAACGCCGAGCGACCUCCCUGCAUCGUCUCUCCUGCCGGCCUCUACUUCUACUUUCGUCCCCGCCGAUCUGUUCCCCUGCACGGCGGAUUCGGAUUGCUUGAACGUCAACCAGGUGUGUGA